CCGUUUGUUUGGGCAGAGCGGCCGGGGGGGCCGCGCCGUGGGACCGGGCCCGGACGACCUCUGCGUGCGCCCCGGCAGCGCCGCGGGACGGGCACGGACGCACGCCCGGGGCUUCGGCGGGCCGUGAUUAGCAGCUGCCGCCCGGACAAUUAAAAUGCAGCGCUGGGGCAUGGCCGUCAAUGUGUACUCGACGUCGGUGACCAGCGAGAACCUGAGCCGCCAUGACAUGCUGGCCUGGGUCAACGACUCCCUGCAGCUCAACUACACCAAGAUCGAGCAGCUCUGCUCAGGGGCUGCCUAUUGCCAGUUCAUGGACAUGCUGUUCCCCGGCUGCGUGCACCUGCGCAAGGUGAAGUUCCAGGCCAAGCUGGAGCACGAGUACAUCCACAACUUCAAGGUGCUGCAGGCCGCCUUCAAGAAGAUGGGAGUGGACAAAAUCAUCGCGGUGGAGAGGCUGGUGAAGGGCAAGUUCCAGGACAAUUUUGAGUUCAUCCAGUGGUUCAAGAAGUUCUUUGACGCCAACUACGACGGGAAGGAGUACAACCCUCUGCUGGCACGGCAGGGCCAGGACGUGGCUCCCCCCCCUAACCCAGGUGAUCACAUCUACAACAAACCCAAGAAACCCAUUGGCACUGCAGUCCCCCAGAGGACCUCCCCCACGGGCCCCAAGAACAGCCCGAACCCAGCGCGGCUCGGCGGCGUGCCCGGCGGCAUCCUACGGAAAAACUCGCCCGCCGCCCGCAACGGCGGCACCGAGGCGGACGCGCAGAUCCUGGAGCUCAACCAGCAGCUGAUGGACCUGAAGCUGACCGUGGACGGGCUGGAGAAGGAGCGGGAUUUCUACUUCAGCAAACUGCGCGACAUCGAGCUCAUCUGCCAGGAGCACGAGAACGAGAACAGCCCCAUCAUCACCGGCAUCGUCAGCGUCCUCUACGCCACAGAGGAGGGCUUUGCCCCGCCAGAGGACGACGAGCUGGAGGAGCAGCCGCCAGAGGACCAGGACGAGUACUAGCCCCGGCCCGCGCCCCCCGCGCCCCCCGCGCCGCCCCCGCCACAGACGUCGGAGGUCGGAGCCCGCGCCUCGCCCGCGCCGUCACACGCCACCACGGCGGGCUCCGGCAGCUCCCGGGGGACGCCGCCAUCCCCAUCCCCAGCCGACAUCCCCGGGCGAGGAGCGCGGCUGCGCCGGGGCCCGGCCCGCGCCGCCCCCUCCCCAUAUUUAUUUCUGUUGUCCCCCCGGGGUGAGCGAGUGCCACGUCCGCCCCGGUGUCCUGCGUGCCCGCGGUGAGAGCGAGGAGGGAGGCCGAGUCCUCGGGGGCUGCUCGCCGGGCUGGGACCCUCGGGGACCCCCGUGGCAGAGCGAGCGCCGGCCUGGCAGCACGGAGCAGAGGAGAGAGGUGCUGGUUCAGCCCGCCGGGAAGGUGAAGAGGAAAGCCCGGCCCAGUGCAGCGGGGGGCACCUGCAGCCACGGGGGUCCCGGAGAGGGGGCCCGUGCUCAGCACGGCACGGCAGCGGGCCCUCUCCCGUGGCCCCCGCGGAGCCGGGGCUGGGGUGGGCCACCGCGAGGGCACCCCGGCUGCCACGUCCCUGUCGCAUCGCUUGUCUGGUCCAUCACUCCGGUCGCAACGCUGCAUCUGUGUUCGGUUUUAUUUAAAUAAACUCGUGUGGUAA